GGAGCAGCAGCUGCCACGAGCUGAGAAGAGCUUAAGGCCGGAGACGAGCGAGUGACACUGGGGGAGAAGACACAAGAGUCACCGUCACCGACCGUGUCCCCGCCGAGCAGUUAACGUUACCACCACGGCACCACCCGAUAGAUGGUUGCCGAGAAGUCUCCUCCCGGGGCUGCUGGGAGCCUGGCCAUGGAGAGCGGCGGCGACAUGCGGGCGGAGGAGUACGCGCAGGACGGGUCCGUGGACCUGCGCGGCAACCCCGUGCUCCGCUCCGAGCGCGGCGGCUGGACGGCUUGCUUCUUCAUCGUCGUGUACGAGCUGUUCGAGCGGAUGGCGUACUACGGCAUCGCGUCGAACCUGAUCAUCUACCUGACGGACCAUCUCCACCAGGGCACCGUGGAGGCCUCCAACAACGUCACCAACUGGUCCGGCACCGUCUUCCUCACGCCGCUGCUCGGAGCCUACAUCGCCGACGCAUACCUCGGCAGGUACUGGACCUUCGUCGCCGGCUCCGCCAUAUACCUCGUGGGAAUGGUGUUGCUGGUGCUGUCGGUCUCCCUGCCGGCGCUGAAACCGCCGCCGUGCCACGGCGAUGUGUGCCCGAAGGUCUCAGCCCUGCAGCUCGGCGUCUACUUCGGCGGGCUGUACAUCGUGGCCUUGGGCAACGGCGGCACCAAGCCCAACAUCUCCACCAUCGGCGCCGACCAGUUCGACGAGUUCGACCCGCGGGAGAAGAUGCACAAGCUCUCCUUCUUCAAUUGGUGGAUGUUCACCAUCUUCCUGGGCAUCCUCUUCUCCUCCACCGUCCUCGUCUACCUCCAGGACAACGUGAGCUGGUCCGUCGGGUACGGCAUCCCCACGCUGGGUCUCAUGGUCUCCAUCGCCAUAUUCCUCGCCGGCACCAAGCUGUACCGCCACAGGUUGCCGCAGGGCAGUCCGUUCACGAGCAUGGGCAAAGUGGUCGCCGCCACGCUCUGCAAGUGGAACGUCCCCGUCCCGGCCGACGCCAAGGAGCUGCACGAGCUGGACGUCGAGGAGUACACCAGGAAGCGCAAGUUCCGGAUGGACUCCACCAACACCAUGAGGUUCCUGAACAAGGCCGCCGUGAAGGUGAAGGAUGACGUCGGCAACGGCGGCUCGCCGGCGAAGUGGAGCCUGUGCACGGUGACCCAGGUGGAGGAGACGAAGCAGAUCAUGAAGCUGGUGCCGCUCCUGGUGACCAUGUUCGUGCCGUGCACGCUGAUCGCGCAGACCAACACCCUGUUCGUGAAGCAGGGCGCGACGAUGAACCGGCACAUGGGCCCGCGCUUCCAGAUCCCGCCGGCGAGCCUCGGCGCGUUCGUGACGCUGACCAUGCUCAUCGCCGUCGUCGUCUACGACCUGGUCUUCGUCAAGGCCGUGCGUCGGUACACCAAGAACCCGCGUGGGAUCACCAUCCUGAAGCGGAUGGGCAUCGGCAUGUUCCUUCAGGUGGUGACGAUGGCGAUCGCGUCGGCGAUCGAGAGCCAGAGGCUGGCGUACGCGCGGCGCCACGGUCUGGACAUCACCGGCGGCGAGCUCCGGCUCACCAUCUUCGCGCUCCUGCCGCAGUUCGUGCUGAUGGGCCUUGCCGACGCGUUCCUGGUAGUGGGCAAGAUCGAGUUCUUCUACGACCAGGCGCCGCAGAGCAUGAAGAGCCUGGGCACGGCCAUGUCCCUGACGGCGUAUGGCAUCGGCAACAUUCUCAGCAGCUUCCUGCUGUCCACGGUGACGCGCAUCACGCGCGACCGAGGGAACGCCUGGGUCACCAACAACCUCAACGCCUCCAACCUCGACUACUACUACGCGUUCCUCGCCGUGCUCGGCGGCAUCAACUUCUUCGCCUUCCUCGCGCUAAGCGCCAUGUACAGGUACAAGGCCGAAUCCACCGAGACGGUCGACAUUGCCAUGGGCCUGGAGGCCGAGAAAGCCAAGCUCCAGGCGGAGCCAUUGGGUUGACGAGAGAGGAAGCCAAGCUCCAGCCAUGGUGCGACUCGCGUGAUCAUGUAUCGAGCUGCAGAGCAUACAACUUUGCGGCUCCACUAUUAUGCUGUUAUGAAAAAAAAGCACAGGAUUCCAACAGGUAAUUUUCGUAUGAUCGCAUGAAAAAUGGGGAUAAAGAACAACAAAAGAGUUGCCUGCAAAAAAUAUCUGGCAACAAAGUGGAGGUACGCAAACAGAGAGUCAUGGCCAUGGGAGGGUAAUGUUGUACGCAUACAGAGAGUCACGGCUCAGAUCCUCUCCGACGCUAACCUGAUGGCCGCGACCGUGCAGGCAGAGGCGCAAUCAGCGUUAGCUGAUAGCCGAACGGCUCGCCGGGUUGUUCUCGUUCCAUGGAUCAGCAAAACUAUAAUGUCUUCGUGUGGAACGCUCGCGGGUUGAAUGAGUGAUGUCGCCGCGACAAUCUCCGCAAGGUCGUGAAUCACUGUAAUGCUUCCAUUGUAAACUAUAUGUAAUCUCACAUUUCUUAAUCAAUGAAAUGCUCGGAACUCGGUUCGUGAGCUUUGCUUA